AAAUCAUGAGUUAUCUGCCUGUUUUACGCUCGUGACUGGCACUAUGCAAACAGACUGAAUUCCCAGAGAAUAACUGUACCUACAAAGUAAGGGCUUACAGUUUGGUCACCAGUUUGAUGUGUGAUGUACAAUGGUAUAUAUCUUAAGUGUUAACAUGAGGCUAUGAGAUAGGUAUAAUAAUAAUAUUACAUUGUCAUUAAGGCCCUAUUGAGCACCACAAAUACUGCAAAUCCCACAUUAUGAAUGGAUUUCGUUAGAUUUCUUCCUUUUUUCUGUAAGGAGUUUGACUGCAGUCUUGGGAUGUGUGGCUUUGGGCUAAUUGUCCCCCUCAUGAAAUAAGCCUCACCCUGAGGUUAAGCAGCAUGUGACUGGCUCAACACAAAGGAGGUGGUGCCCAGGGAAAAAGCUGAAGAAUUUAAGCCUCAGAGACCAUCACAUGGGCUCUCCCGUUGUGGUUCAUUCCUCAGUGACUGUUUGCCCUCUGCAAAGUAAAACUUUGCUGUAAUGUGGCCACUGAUCAUAGUUAGUUUCAUGCUGUAUUUUGAACCCUGCUAUCAACAGUUCCCCCGGCUGUGUUCCACCCGGGAAGCCUUGCGCGCCAAGGAGUGCUGCCCGCUGUGGGAAGGGGAUGGCUCAGCCUGCGGAGCCAGCUCAGGCCGGGGCUUCUGUCGGGAUGUGGAGGUGUCGGACCAGCCCGACGGGCCGCAGUUCCCCUUCGCUGGCCUGGACGACAGAGAGAAGUGGCCCCUGGUUUUCUACAACCGGACUUGCCAGUGUGCAGGGAACUUCAUGGGUUUCAACUGUGCGGACUGCAAGUUUGGCUACUUUGGAGUGAACUGCAACGAGAAGAGAGAGUCUCUGAGAAGGAACAUAUUCCACUUGUCCCGGGCUGAGAGGAUCAGACUCGUGUCUUACUUGAACUUGGCCAAGCAGACUGUCAGCAGAGAUUACGUUGUAGCCACGGGGACCUACAGGGAGAUGGAGAACGGCUCUAACCCGAUGUUUGCCGAUGUGUCUGUGUAUGAUGUGUUUGUGUGGAUGCAUUACUACGUGUCCCGGAACGCGCUGUUAGGGGGGCCGAGGAAUGUGUGGACUGAUGUGGACUUUGCACACUGGGCGCCUGCGUUUCUCCCGUGGCACCGCGUGUACCUGCUUCACUGGGAGCACGAGAUCAGGAAGCUGACCGGAGACACAAGCUUCACCAUCCCGUAUUGGGACUGGAGGGAUGCCCAGGGCUGUGACGUGUGUACAGAUGAGCUGAUGGGGGACCGGAGCCCCCAGGACCCCAGUCUGCUCAGCCCGGGCUCAGUCUUCUCUUCUUGGAGGGUCCUGUGCUCCCGUGCAGAGGACUACAAUGACAGGGGUGUGUUAUGUGAUGCCAGGGAAGAGGGCCCACUGCGUCGUAACCCUGGCAACCAUAACCGUAACGUGGUCCCACGAUUACCGACCUCAACAGAGGUGGAGUUCACUCUCAGUCUGACCAACUAUGACACUGGAACCAUGGACCGCAGUGCCAACAUGAGCUUCAGGAACACUCUGGAAGGUUUUGGAGAUCCUCAGACUGGGUUAGGAAACAGUUCUCGUAUGGGCAUGCAUGCUGCUCUCCAUGUGUUCAUGAACGGAUCCAUGUCCUCAGUGCAGGGCUCAGCAAAUGACCCCAUAUUCCUCCUCCACCACGCUUUUGUUGACAGCAUUUAUGAGGAGUGGCUCAGGAGGCAUAGGCCAUCUCCAUCACAGUAUCCGGAGUCUAAUGCUCCUAUUGGGCACAACAGUGAAUACCACAUGGUGCCCUUCCUGCCCCUCCACAGGAACAGAGAAUACUUCAUUUCCAGCAAGGACCUUGGAUACGAAUACUCCCACCUGCUAGAUGCCAAUCAGAGGCUAGCAGAGUCCAUACGUCCUUACCUGGAAGAGUUGCAGGCUGUGUGGCCCUGGCUGCUGCUUGCAGGGCUCUGUGGAGGAAUUGUGGUAGUGGCCGUAGCCAUUGCCUCCCUCACUGCAAAACGGCGAUACCGCGGGACGCCUUGGCCGAAUGUGAGCAGGUGGAAAAACUUAUUUGCUCUCCCAGAGAGGCAGCCACUUAUCUGCAGCAGUGACACUGUGGAAACCAGCCAGCGGAACUACCAGACAGCUAUGUGAAGACACCAGGCAGCCCUGUGUAGUGACAUACACAUCUGUAAGCACUGUGAAUUGUACAUUAUACUGAAAUCUAUAAAGUGUGUCAUUGCCAAUGUAUUUAAACUGAGGUAAAAGACUGAGAGUUUCUUAAACAGGUCAUGAGGCGUGUUAAUCUUUGAGCAUGUUCCACCCACAAACUGUAACUUGUCAACUUCAGUGUAAUAUGUCAUUUUAGACAUGGUCUGUGCAACAUUUAUGGUCUAUGUCAUGGGAAUUUACCCUCAAAAUCAGGUUCCACUGUGUGUUGCAUCAGUCAAUACACAGGCACUUAUUAGAAGUAAUGAUAUCCUGCAUCCAUGCAUCCAACUGCUAGAAGGUUGAAGAACACAAACUCUUGAGAUAAAUUCACAGAAGCCUUGGGGGAUUUUCUUUUAUUAUCUACAUGUGGGAGUUGACUGCAUCACAUUUUGAUUAACAUUUAAAUUGACUAAUGUUUGUGGUGUGAGAAAUGCUUUGAUAAUGUCUGCUUAGAUAUCAAGGUCUGAGACAUGUCAACAUCCAAUCAGGAUUCAGCUCAGUAUUCCAACCUUAAAGAGUUAUGUAUUAGUUUAAAAAAAAUGACAUUUUGUAAAAGUCACUGCAGUCCCCAAAGUUGGAUAUGGUUCAAAAUGAACACUUGAAAGGUCACACCUACUUUAAUUCAUGAGAAGUGUUUCACUUCACAGGGUCCCAACGGUUGGAAGAGUUUUGCGUUAAUACCACUCCUACAAAACUUGUAGUUCUCCAGUCUGUAUUAGAGAUAUUAACAGUCGCAUAUGAGUCAUCACACACACAUACACACACUUAUCACUCCAGUUUAAAAGUUCAACACAAAAGUUUAUUUUUGGUAAGACAAAUUGGUUCCCUAGUAAUUUUCCCCUUUCGUCAUGGUCUCAUUCAGCCUAUUCUAUUUCAUACAUUCCAAGCCUUGACACAUGCUGUCUUGUGUAACAUACUUUUUUUUUUUUUUUUAA